CACCCGAGGCAUGCCCUACCACCAUCUCUUGAAAGCCAAACACACCUUAGCAAUUUCCAGCUAUCCUAGUCUCUGUCUUUAUAUCCUGGAUUCCUUUCAUUGAUUGAACCUCUUCUCUUUCUAUCUCUCCUCAUUUGCUCCGUUUGCUUUUGCCUCCAAAUCGGUGUUUAUAGGCCACCUGCCUCUUUAUUUCCUCACGGCAGCUAAAAACAAUGAUUCCUUCGUUAAUUCCGAAGCCCCUCAUUUCAUCCAUAAAUCCAUCACCGCACUCUUCUCUCUUUUCUUUUAUACAAUAAAUCAAACCAAACCAAACACACCACAGUCACACGCUUUCUCACUUCUCACUUUUCUCUGUUAGCCAUGGCUCCGAUCAAAAUCAAGCAAUCGCCUAAUCCCACGUCUCAGACUCUAACCUCCACGGCGUCGUCGCAGGACUCGCGUCUCCUCAUCCGUGAAACGCUGCGUAUUAGCGCCAACUUAGCUUCGGCUUCUUCUCCUGCAUUGUCCGAGUCGCCUUCUGCUUCUCCUUCUCAUUCGUUGGUUUCUCCGGCUCAGUCCGUUUCUUUUACUGAUAAUGGACGGAGGUUAGGGCUUGUGGAAAAUGAGUUUAUUGAAUCGAGCUUGAGGUUGAUCUGUUGCGAGGAAAUUGAUGGCCGGAGAUGGAAGUACGUGGCCGAAAACGACGAUUUUGGACGUUAUAAGAAGAAUUCGAUUCGCGCUGUCAGCUUGCAGACACCACAGGCUCCUGUUGAGGAAAUUGUGUCAUUCAUAAGAAGCUAUGUCGUGCCAGAAGGUUUUCCUGACAGUGUUACUCCAUCAUACGUGCCAUACAUGACUUGGAGAGCUUUGAAGCAUUUCUUUGGUGGAGCAAUGGGUGUUUUCACAACAAAAACCCUUUUGAAUUCAGUUGGAGUCUCUAAAAGCAACGCUAUUUCUGGUGCUGUCGCUAUCAAUUGGAUUCUCAAGGAUGGUGCCGGUCGCGUUGGAAAAAUGCUUUUUGCCCGCCAAGGGAAGAAAUUUGAUUAUGAUCUGAAGCAGCUGCGGUUUGCAGGUGAUCUUCUCAUGGAAUUGGGUGCUGGCGUGGAGUUAGCAACUGCAGCUGUCCCGCACCUUUUUCUUCCCUUGGCUUGUGCUGCUAAUGUGGCAAAGAAUGUUGCAGCUGUAACAUCAACAUCAACUCGGACACCAAUCUACAAAGCCUUUGCUAAAGGAGAAAACAUUGGGGAUGUUACUGCUAAGGGCGAAUGUGUUGGGAAUCUCGCGGAUUUGCUGGGAACUGGUCUUAGCAUAAUGAUUGCAAAAAGAAAUCCUAGCUUGGUUACUUCAUUUGCCCUCCUUUCAUGUGGCUAUGUCUUCAGCUCUUACCAAGAGGUUAAAUCUGUAGUGUUGCACACCUUGAACCGGGCUAGAUUCAGCGUGGCAGUGGAUUCUUUUCUUAAGACAGGGAAAGUGCCUUCAUUGCAAGAGGGGAAUAUGAAGGAAAAUAUAUUCAGCUUUCCAUGGUUGAAGGAGAGGCCUAUUGUUUUAGGACCAAGAUUUAAAGAUGCUUUUCAAGACCCUACUGCAUUUCUUGCGAUAGAGCCUCUUUUUGAGCAAGAGAAAUAUAUAGUGACGUACAAUCCAUUGAAGGAUAAGGUCUAUGCAUUGCUCAAGGAUCAGGCAAAGUCAGAUGACAUUCUAAAAGCUGCAUUCCAUAUGUCUUAUCUUGUUUUACAGGCUUACGUGCUUUUGCAUUCCAUAAAUUCAUCAAAUGAUAGUAGCUCUUCAUCAUGGAAGCAGCAACAAUAUGGCCAUUCAAACUAUAUUCUCUCAGUUAAUGAUAUUGAGGCUCAUAUUGCUGACUCGUGCAGAAUGGUCUCAACUUUAUAUGGUCCUUUUAAAAGUAAAGCUGCAGAGCAGGGUUGGAGGAUGUCAGACUCACUUCUUAAUCCUGGCCGAGCAAGGAUUGUAGUUGCUUGUUAAAAGGACAAGGGCAAAACAAAAAAGGGAAAAAACACUACUCUUGAAACUUCUCUUUUCUUGUGUCGGGAGUGUACCUAUCUGGUGCUCAAGCGGCACUCAAUACUGUGGGCAAGUCAACCAUCAAUCUUCAAAAACAAAUAUACGUAACAAAAAGAGGCUAACAUUACACCAAUAGCACAAUUAGAGCCAGGGGCUCCUUGAUGGUCAGUUCUCUCUGUUACGCACCCAAAUACAUUAUUCUGCUCACAGUCUCUGCUCAUUCACUUACACCUGAAUGUGGCGAGAUGCAAUUUUGAGUUGUAGGAUGGAGCUGUUAGUGUGGUAUAGCCAGAAGCAUUCUUCCUUUUGGUUUUUGAUUAUAUCCCUUUUAUUUGUUCUUCCUUUAAUGUUCUUUUUGUGUAGAACACAUUGAAAUUCCAGCAUCUAAACUAGUGUUUUUGUCAGAAGAAAGUUGAAACCACAUUUUCUCA